GGAUUUCCUAACCAAGUGUAACGUAACAGCCUGUACUUUGUUUACGUCCCUUCGGUUAGCUGUCAGCUGCUGUUGCAGCGCUUUACCAAAACACACAACCGUGUCCGCGUGUCUCUGGUGGUUGCCCGGAGCUUCGCGAACUUUAAACCGAGUGCUCCGGAUGUCGUUGAUGGUUUGUUUUGUUGAAUGAGGGGGACCCGCUAGAUGCCGACAGGAGGAUGAACUCCAUCACCGGUCGGGUUCUCGCCAUCCCCGCCGCCUCUGUCACCAACUCUGGAGCUUCAUCCUCUCGAGCCUUGCAUGUAGAGCUCACUUCCCAGCAGAGACGACUGCGUCAUCUCCGGAGCAUCGCGGCCAGAAACAUCGUCAACAAGAAUGGUCCUCCACUGCUGGACACUUACUUCACCCUCCACCUCUGUAUAGCAGAUGGCAUAUCCAGAGAUUUUUACAAGAGUGAAGUCAUACGGGACUCGCUGAAUCCAACUUGGCGGAGCCUGGACUUUGGCAUGCUGCCGGACCUCCUGGACACCUCAGUGUCGUGCUUCGUGGUGAGAAUCUGGGGAGGACAAGAGGAACAGUACCAGCUCCUCAUAGAAUGGAAGAUCAACCUCGAUGGCCUCCGAUACACGGGACAGCAGAUCCGAUCCCGGAAUCCCAACGAGAUAAUAUUCGGGUUGAAUGACGGCUACUAUGUAGCUGACUUUGAUCAUAAGGAUCGGUCGGAGCGGAAGAAAAACAGUCUGCUUCAGGUCGACCAGAGUUCAGUCAGGAACUCCUACAGUGUUUUCUCUCUGCUCAGGCUCCACACAGCCCAGAGAGCCAUCAAACAGACCCAGGUGACUGUGCAGAAGAUCGGGAAGGAAAUCGAGGAAAAGCUGAGGACGACAACAACGUGCACAGAGCGGAAGAAGGAGCGAGAGUGCAUGCAGCUGCGCAUUGGCGUGCUGCGGAGUGAACUGCAGCGACAGAGGAAGGCCCUCGGCAGGGAGAUGGACCUGCGGCAGAAGGACCGAGCACAGCUUCAGAAGAAAGAGGAAGCGUUUUCUGCUCAGCAUGAGGGCCUGAAGGAGGAGAAGGACUCCUUAACCAAGCAGCAGAAGGAAUGCACUGCCAAGAGAGAGCAGUUCCUCAAGUCCAACGCCCAGCUCACCUUCCGCUGUCGUCAGCUCCUCUCCGAGCUCUCCUACAUCUAUCCCAUCGACGUGGCCAAUCAGUCGGAUUAUGUCAUCUGCGAAGUGAAGCUGCCAAACUCUGAGGACUUUCAAGCUAAGGAUGAUGGGAGCCUGGCGGUCUCCCUGGGUUACACGUCGCACCUGGUCCUGAUGGUCUCGUGCUUCCUGCAGAUCCCUCUUCGGUACCCAGUGAUCCACAAGGGUUCGCGCUCCUCCAUCAAGGACACCAUCACUGACCGACUCACUGAGAAGGAGAGAGAAUUCCCUUUGUACCCAAGAGGAGAGCGCUUUCAUUUUGAAUACGGUGUCUACUUGCUCAACAAGAACAUUGCGCAGCUGAGAUAUCAACACGGCCUGACCACCCCGGACCUGCAGCAGACGCUGCCCAACCUCAAGAACUUUCUGGAGCACGGCCUGCUGGUCCGAUGUGACAGACACCACGUGUCGAGCUCCAUCCCAGUGCCGGCCAAGUCUCAGCUCGGUGUCUCUGCUGCCUCAGAGAUGGGCUUCCCCUGCCACACCAGCGCCCCAGGCCGAGGCCUGAGAAAAAGGGCGAGCUCGGAGGCCGACAAGUACAAACCCACUCCUCCACCGAGCUACAACACUGCCAUGGGGGAGGAGCAGCCCCCGAUUGGCCUUGCCUCACCCCCUCCCUCUCCUUCACCCAAACACCUAUCCUCCUCCCUCGAUGCCGGCAUGGCGUCUCUCAACCUGGCCAAGGCUACGACGUCCAACGAGGCGGGAGAGCAGAAGGAAGAGAUGGGGGAGAGCGGGGAGACUGCAGUGGAGGCGGAGGGACACAGAAGCCUCGAGAUCAAAGAAGACAAAGAAGAAGAGACAGAGGAGCGACCGCCCAGCUGCACCAGCGUGCCUGACUCCUUCACAGUUCAGGAAAGCGGGGAGGAAACGGUGCCAACUAGCGAGCACACGGCUGCCAUGAACGGUUCUUUGGUCGCACCGCAGGCGCCCCCCAGCCUGGCCCCAGAGCUGCUCUGCUCCGUGGAGCAAGCCGAGGAGAUCAUGGGGACUGAGGCCACGGGUUUAGCCCUGGGGUUGGGGGGCGGCCUGGGUAUAGGGCUAGCUGGCGAGGCGCGGAUGGAAGACUACCGCUGCAUCCCCGUGGACCACGCGGUAGCCGUGGAGUGUGACGAGCAGGUGCUGGGAGAGCUGGACGUCGCCGGCUUCGAGGAGUUCUCCAGGCGAAUCUAUGCACUAAACGAGAACAUGUCCAGCUUCCGCAGGCCGCGCAAGAACUCUGACAAAUGAGGCGCAGCCCCUGAGUAGAGAGGGAGGUGUGCACACAACGUCCACAGGGGCUUUGGACAAACAAAAGGCAGGGACACGAGGACGGCGGCUCACUGCCGCAUCAAAAAUCAAAUGAGCUAUUCUAGAAUAACCUUUUAAAUGAAAUAGUCUAAAGUGCAUGUAAUGGGAUGGAAAACUUUACCUUUAUUUUUGAUGGCAGUAUAUAAUAUAUUUUUUAACAUUAUUCAGACAUUUUAAGUGUCAACAAGCGCCCUCUUGGAAUUAGCGGCAGUUAUUGCAGUUUGUUGUUCCAUAACUAGUGACCAUAGGUGCAUCCCUCGCACUUUUUUCCCCCAAUCCUUACUGCGAUAACUGCCCCUAACUUUUUGUGCAAAACAUCACCUAAAUUUAAGAUUCACAUCCAAACUCAGCGCAACCUCAUAACAUCAUUCCACAGAGAGGUUUCGCUGCGUCAGCGUUUUGGUUUUUGAGACGUUUGUCGAUUAUAAUUUAGCAGCCGCUCACCUCUGAAAUGUUUGCAGCCAGUAGUUUUAUCAAAGUACAACGAGGCCACUGUCCCAGUACUUACACCUUGGACCAUUCAGUAAAAGUAAAAUGUGUGGAGCCUUCAUUCAGGGACCGCGGCAGUGUGUUGGCGGUAGGCGAGGCGCAUCGGGGCUUCACAUUAUAAAACCACCAAACCGUCAUUGAUCGGUGGCAAGCAGUCCCAACGAUGACCAUUGAACAUGGCACAGCUAGCCGUGGCUCAACCCACCUCGCCAUUGUCCACACAGGAGUCGGGUUUCUCCUUCAGGUCUUUAGAGGACGGUGAGGUGGCAGGUUGGAGCUCACGGCACAUGGCAGGGAUACGGUGCAAUUGUUUUUCUGUCCAUCUCUAUGUCCUCUAUUUUGUCGGGGAUUUUUCUCUUUUUGGUUUUAACAUAGGCUAUCAAUAUUAACGUCAAUGUUACGAAAAAUGUAAUUCUGUGUCUGUGUUCUGUUGGACAUGUUAACAGCAAGUGUCUCAAUCUCUUUUGUCCAUGUUCUGAAUGCUCUCCUGCACUGGUGUUUAAUUACUGCUUUAUUUAUGUCCUGCAAAAAUUGCGUGCGCUUUGUUUUCAGAGGAAAUCAACAUUUAUGUUUUAUGUUCACCACUCACAUGGGAUGUCGCUCAUUAAUGUUGUAAAACGUUAGACUGAUGUAAUCAAUGUCUGGGUCCUGACAUGGACAGCUGCUUUGCAUCUCCCACCAUGACAAAGCUGGACUCCACCGACAGCCCUCUUGGUGUUGCAGAUCCAGUACUGUGGUUUGCUGACUGUUGGGAAAUAUUGUAUUUAAACUAAAAGAUGAACUAUGUUCGAUCAUUUCCAUUUUUGCAGUUCAGUAAUCGACCAUGUACAGAUACUUUUGUACGGAGGGGUGUUUUCUUUUUUUGUUAUUAAAGACUUUCAGUCUAAUGGCAUGGA